AUGGCUCUCGCUGACGAGUCCAACCGUAUCGUCCAAGAGUUCGACUUCUCCGAUGAGGAACUUAACAAUCAUGUGAAGGAGUUCUUGAGGCAAAUGGAUGAGGGCCUUCACAAAGAGGGUACCAGCCUCCAGCAAAUCCCUACCUACGUCACCGGCGUUCCCAAUGGCACAGAAAAGGGUCUGUAUUUGGCCGUUGAUCUGGGAGGCACAAACUUCCGAGUGUGCUCCAUCAUGCUCAACGGUGACACCACCUUUAACCUCACUUACAACAAGGUUGCCAUCCCGAAGGAGCUUAUGGUCGCAAAGACCUCCGCACAGCUCUUUUCUUUCCUCGCCAAGCAGAUCGAGAUCUUCCUCAAGGAGCACCACGCCGACCACUUCAACUCCCACCUGCGCCGUCGCAACACUGCCAGUACUCCCUCGGGCUAUCGCGAUGAACAUAUUUUCCGCCUGGGUUUCACCUUUAGCUUCCCUGUCAAGCAGCUGGCUAUUAACAAGGGUCUGCUAAUUCGAUGGACCAAGGGCUUUGACAUUCCUGAUGCCAUAGGCAAGGACGUCUGCGCUCUGCUUCAGACCGAGAUCGACAAGCUCCACCUCCCCGUCAAGGUUGCGGCGCUCGUAAACGACACUGUCGGCACUCUCAUGGCUCGAUCUUACACUUCAACCAGCAAGAGCCGAUCUGUGCUCGGUGCCAUCUUUGGUACCGGCACCAACGGUGCCUACAUGGAAAAGCUGAGCAACAUCAAGAAGCCUAUUUCUGGGGAGUACGAUCAAUCAACAGGAGAGAUGGUUGUCAACACAGAGUGGGGUUCUUUUGACAACCAGCUCAAUGUUUUACCAUCAACACCUUGGGAUAAGGCUCUUGACGCCGAAAGUGUAAACCCUGGCCUUCAAAUGUUCGAGAAGCGGGUGUCUGGUAUGUUCUUGGGUGAGAUUGUCCGACUUGCCAUGGCCGAUAUGAUCAACAAUGAGAGUUCGUCUCUGUUCAAGGAUCUCAACUCGAGCACGAACGACUGGGGCACCACCACCAACAUCGCGCCAUCGUCUGGCUUCCUGAAGCCUUGGGGACUCGACAGCUCCAUCAUGUCCGUUGCGGCCGCCGACAAUACCCCUGAGCUGUCUACCCUUCGCCAGGAGCUCGAGAACCUCCUCAGUGUUUAUACUCCCUCACUCGAGGACGCUCAGGCUUUCAAGUCUGUUUCCAAUGCUGUUGGUCGUCGCGCUGCUCGGUUGUCAGCUGUCGCCAUCGGCGCCAUCGCCCUCAACUCUGGCAAGCUCAAUGACCUCGAUGAAGAGGUUAUUGAUAUCGGUGUCGAUGGCAGUCUCGUCGAGCACUACCCUUUCUUCCGCGACAUGAUCUACGAGGCCCUCCGUGCCAUUGACGGCAUUGGACCACAGGGUGCUGAGAAGAUCCGCAUCGGUAUCGCUAAGGACGGUAGCGGUGUCGGCGCCGCCCUGAUUGCCUUAGUGGCUGCUGGCAGGGAGAAGCCCGAAGAUUAUUUGACUGACUUGAGAUCUGAGUCCAACCGCGCUCGCAAGUCUUCUGAUGCGAUCCUCGAUUCAGCACCACUCUCUAACCCGGCACUCCUCAUUGGCGGUGCUGUCGGUCUCCUUGCGCUAGCAGCCAUAUGGUAUAACAAGCGUCGAUGA